UACCUCGACACAGGAGCUCUGUGAGCAAGUUCUCUGUUCAGACGCUAGUGCUUUUUUUUGGGAAGAAAUUAUCCUUCAUUUCAGUUGUUAGCCAGUUUCAACCAUGAAGGUGCUUGUAGUUGCUCUGCUGGGAUUUGUGCUGUUGGCCGGUGUUGCAUUCGCUGACCAUGUUGACGAACCUCUGGAACCAGAGAGCGAAGAAGUACCAUGCGCAGAAGUUGAGGAAUGUCCCGGUGAGUACGAGGAGUACGACUGUUGCGGAAAGUGUUUCCAGAAAACGUGCAUCAGCAAAAAUGUGAAGUGUGAAGAGGAGUGCACCAAAGGCUGCUACUGCAUGGAGGGAUUCGUACGCGAGUACGAAGGAGGCAAAUGCAUGCCGGAACGUUUCUGCCAAGCUUACCUGCGCAAGGGCUUCGGCAGCGGCUAAACGUUGAACGAAGCUUGCAAAUGAUACGGAGCAUGUGAAAAAAAAAACCGUUGCGAAAUAUAACAUGAAAUCAUAUAUUUCGA